AUGAAGCAUGAUUUAUGGACAUACCUGAAACUUACUGACCGCAAGGAAGCUGUAGAACCAUCUCGCUCAGCACGGCUGGCUCGGCUCGGCUACGAGGACGGAGUUGAUGCCUCCUUUGCUUCGGUCGUGAUCAUUAGGAGGUUUGUGCCCAGGGGACAUGAAGCAGAUGUGGAGAGUCCUCGCGCGACAAGGCUGGGUGGAGAAGACGAUGUCAUGUGCGAUCCACUUCUCGAAGCUGGACUGAGACAUUCCAAACCUCGCCCCCACGCCAGUAAAGAUAAAACUGCUCACGACUUUAUGAAACCCUUUCCCGCGUCCAAGAAAACAAGUUGCCCGUCAUCACCUGCGCCGUCACGAUGGCCGCCCUUCAGCAGCCACCAUCUUUCAAGGAUCUCCUCUACAGCCUGCCGCAAGAAUUAUUCGACAGAGCAAGUCGUACUCAUCAACAAGGACUAUAAGCCGCCGUCGCUCUUACAAGUUGAUCGCGCCACGAGAGCACAGUUCGCCAAGUCCUAUUACGCCAAUUCGAUCUUCGUUCUAGACGGCCGGACUCCGUACAAGUUCAUCGACGUGCUCCCCCUACCUCACGUCAAGCACAUGAGACACGUCCACGCUGCGGUCAAAGACCGGAGUCGUUUUAUCAGUGGAGAUGGUUCUGGUUUCUACGUACACAAUUUCGAUCUUGGCGUUAGCAUAUCCAAAAUACUGAUGAGUGCACAGAUGUGGAAUUGGCUGGCGCGCGAAGGAUUGGCGGAGAAGAACGACAGCGGCAUCUUCUAUGCAGGCGUGAGGGUCGCUUCGAUUUCGAAGCGAACGCGAAGGUGCUGUCGAGCGACGCCUGAGGAAUCGCUGUAUAGUGCCGAAGAUGACGAAACGAUCGAGGCUAGGUUUUCAGAAUUCGUGAGGAUGAGAGAGAUGACGAUGAUCCAGAGAAAUCAUACGCACGUAUACCAUGCCAAAUGCCAUCUCAUCAUGCAAAUUGCAACAACACCACUCCAUUUCAUGCCUUAGAAAGUCGGAAUGCCAUUCGUCUCGCCUUGCUCAGCCGCAAGUCUUUCUUCUUCCUUCUUCGCUCUCGCAGCUUCUGUCUCCCUUCGCAGAGCUUCGAGGUUGAACAAGCCAUCAUCGUCUUCGUCUUCGCUGUCGCUGGCCUCCCAGUCACCCUUUUCGAACAGCGCACGACCGGUAUCCUCCUUCAUCUUGGCCAUUUCUUGCUCGGCAGCCUUCUUGUCCAUUCUCUCCUUCUUCCACUUGGCGAAGGUCUCGGGCGUGACGGGGGUGAGUGCUCCGGUAAGCUUCAGACGUUGUGACUCUAAAAAGUCUUCCAAAGUAAGAGUGGCCAUAGGA